CACCUGACCGUGAAUCACUGUUAUUUUCUUUGUUAGUUCUUCGGAGAACACGGUGACGUAUGUAGACAAUGCGUUGUUCGACUAGUGUUUCUUCGCCGUGAGCUAACACUGUCAUUUAAAUCAUUACGAACAUUGCAGGGAAAUACGGAUAGGUGUAGUAACUGGUAGGAUUUCGCGUAAUCCGGUUUGUUUGAAGUGGCUAGCGCGACUAGUUUCGGAUUUGUAACUGUUGGACGGUGAAUUUGCGCGAAUCGAAGUGAUUUCUGUCGUUUCGGUUGUAAUUGAAUCGAAGUGAAUAUGUGAAACGCGAUGGUGGUUGAGUUUUCGAAUAGAUCGCAAGUUCGGAAAACGAUGUUUGUCUCGCUGUAAUCGUGGUAUUCGUAAGACGUACCUGCUUAUCGUUAGUUUCCGAGUAUCGGAGGAUGUGAUUGAAAAUUUGGCCUCGUAAUUUAGAUUCAAGUAAAGUUUCGUGAUUUCCUUGUUAUUUAGAGAUCGGUCGUUAAAGUGAAGUCGAAGUCACACGCAAAUCUGAAGUAAAGGGUUUUUGAAGUGAUUCGUGAGAAAUGAUUUUACGGAUUCUUUCUGACGAAUUUAUUUUUCGAAAUUGUAACUAUUUAAAGCAAAGAGAAAGAGAGAGAGAGAGAGGGAGAGAGAGAGAGAGAGAUGUAUUUUUUGAUUCAAAGAUAUUCUUAGUGUUAUCGUGACAAAGAGGAAAAAUCUAUAACUCAUCGGAUAUACAUCUACGCGUUCUUUUUUCUACGUAUCUCUUUAUUAUCAUUUUUUUUACUGUCUGUACGUGCUAUAUUGAAAUUAUUUUCAGAAAUUAUUACUCUUUAUGUCUAUGCUUUUAAAUAUCCUGCGGUAGUAUUUUCUGAAUGCCUCGAGCUAUUAUCCUAUUUACGUAGUAAUCGAGAAUGUACAGAUAGAUGGAAGCCCGAAUGGAUAUAAAAUCUCGACGAAUAAACACGAGAAAAUCAAUUCUAUUUAAUUUAUAUAUUAUAUUAUAUUAAUUAUGAAAUUUCAUAAGAAACUUUUUUUAUGUUAAAUUAUGGUAAAUUAAUGUAUUUAAUACUAAUUUAUAUAACUUCUCUGAUAACGCGUAGAGUUAUAGUUUCUCUAUAAACUAAAAGUUUAAUUCACAAUACCAUGAAUUAACUUCAAUCGUAUCAGAAACGUUGUCAGUUGCACAAAUCUUAUUACUACGUACAUCUAUACAAUAUGUCUCUACGGGGUGGGGCAUGUAAAUGUGACAAUUUCAAUAUUUCUUUUACUCGUAACAUUUAUAAACAAUAAUCGGAAUAACGCUAUCAAACGGGUGGCAGUCUGGGUUCGGAGGAAUCUUACGACGACAUGCGACAACUUGUCGGGGAAAAGAACGAAGAAUCUGGAAAAUUCAGUAGUCUACCUCUGGCCAGUUUUAAUUUCAUCAAUUCCAUCAUUGGCAGUGGUGUUAUUGGUAUACCCUACGCUCUUCAUCAGGCUGGAUUUGGCCUCGGGAUAGUAUUAUUAAUACUAGUAGCAGGUCUUACUGAUUACUCUUUAAUUUUAAUGAUUAGGAGUGGAAACAUUUGCGGUGAAAUGAGUUACCAGGGUUUAAUGAGAGCCAGUUUCGGUCGUACAGGAUUCUAUAUUCUUACAACUCUGCAGUUCAUUUAUCCAUUCAUAGCGAUGGUCUCUUAUAACGUUGUUGUCGGCGACACGGUGACGAAAGUGCUAAUAAGGGUAACAGGGAUGAGCGAGACAAGCAUUUUCGCUCAUCGUCAAGUGGUCGUCUUGUUCGCGACCGUUUGCAUCACUAUACCGCUGUGUCUUUAUAGAAAUGUUGCUCGUUUGGCCAAGAUCUCGUUUCUUUCGUUGGUCUGCGUUGGUUUCAUCCUAUUGGCUAUUUUAAUUCGGAUGGGUACGAUGUCAGCAAUUGUGCCAAGCCAAGAGGAUAGUUGGCGAUUCGCGAAUUUCCCCGGCAUUAUUCCAUCCGUUGGAAUUAUGGCAUUCGCCUUUAUGUGUCACCAUAAUACAUUCCUUAUCUACGAGUCUAUAGAAAGGGCUACUCAACAAAAGUGGGACAUCGUCACCCAUUGGUCGCUCUUCACUUCCUUCGUGAUCGCAACAGCUUUUGGAAUCAUCGGAUACGCCACGUUUACCGCGUACGUUCAGGGUGAUCUUAUGGAAAAUUAUUGCUGGGACGAUGAUCUCAUGAACUUUGCCAGAAUCAUGUUCAGUGGGACUAUUCUACUUACUUUUCCUAUUGAAUGCUUCGUCACAAGGGAGGUAAUACUGACAGCGAUUAAAGGGACCGAUGAGCUCGAAGAUCAUACUGCAUACGUCCCUAACUCCGACCGGAAAUACUUGAUAAUAACUUUAUCGAUAGUGGUUGUCGCAUACCUGAUAUCGAUGUCAACAGAUUGUCUGGGUGUGGUUCUCGAAUUGAAUGGAAUCCUCGCUGCUGUACCUCUAGCUUACGUUCUACCUGGCCUGUGCUACCUCAAACUCGAAGAUGGACCAAUUCUUUCUUCCAAAAAGCUUCCGGCGCUUGGUUUGAUGUCCGCUGGCGUGUUUGCCGCGGUCUCUGGUUUGCUGUUGUUGAUCCUGAACAACGAUACUUCCAGUUCCUGCGUGCAUGGACAGGUAAUGCCGUAUUGUAUCGAGGGUAUGAAUAGCACGAGUUUCGAUUCAAGCAUGAAAAGUACCAUUAACCCGAUAUAAUCGAGCAUGUUCGAAUUGGCCGAGGAAUUUUCAAAAGCUUUUAUUCAAAGCCGAUAGCUUUGCGAUGCUCGAAGUUGCGGUUUCAAUUUCAAGUCAAAGGAAUUUCAAUUUUCUCUGUCUUUCUCUCUGGUUUCUUUUUGAUUUUUGUUUUUGGUAAUCAAAUGCCACAAGUAUGAAGGAGCAUGAUAAGUCACGUUUUGUGUUUCUUAUGGAAGAGUGAUUUUUAAAUUCAAUAUGUUAUCUAGCUGUUCUUCCGUGUGAUCCUGGAAAUGAGUACGUGUCUUUCUUACUCUUUUAUUAGUUAAAAAAAUUUAUCAAUAGAGAAGAGAUAUAUAUAUAUAUAUUAAUAACAUUAGUAUUAAUCAAGUUAAACUAAUUUCUUAUAUGAUAAUUUCAUCUAUUUUCAAAAAACUUACAUAUUUGUAUCCAUCCAUCCAUUAUUCUCUUCUCCGACAUUUCAUAUUAAAAUACACUUUUUUUAGUCAUCAAAUGACAUAAAAGUCGGGAAAUCAUCAAAAAUAGAUUAUCUCAAUAUAUUCUUUCCAUGUGAUCUUCGGUCUUCAAUCGAAAUAGGAUAAGGUAUAAAAUUAGACUGCGGAGAUUUAUGCAGUGUCAUGCUUUUUAUGAGCAGUUACGAAGAAAAAAAGAAAUCUAUUUUACUCACUAAAUAUGAUAAUGAAUACUGUACUUUGGGUAUUACAUGUAUACUUAUUUUUGAAUAUAAUGACCAUCCUGGGCUUUCUUGCUCCUUUAAAUUUCCCACGAACACAUAAAAAUCCGCAGUCUACUUAUAAUAAAUCAUGCUUUAAUCAUGCAUUAUUACAUUAUUGGCAGUAACAUUAUUAUUGUUAUCGGAACGGAGGGGAGUAGGAUUUUGUUUGAUUAAAUCGAGAAACGAAAAUCAAAAGCUUUCUCUUCCACGGUUGAAAUCUACGUGCUUACAUAUGCUGUAGAUAUUAUAGUAAUGUAACUACUGAGAAAUCUGGGGGGGGGGGGGAAUAUAUCAUGUUGAACAAGCGAAAACACGUUGAAAGUUUAAAUAUGUUAUAAUACACGAUGUACCAUGAGUAGAUUGAAGAGACAACUAUUUGUUAAAUAUAUCGGCACUUUAUUCUGUGGAAUGCGUGAAUUUAAAUAUUUUUCAAAUCAGAAAACUAUAGACAAUAUCGUAGUAUAUGACCUUGCGUUGCGCACAUUUCUUUCGGUGUUGCAAAAUCAUUAAUUGUGAUGAGAUUAAUAGAAAUCAUGCCUAGACCUUCUCUUAAUUAAUUUUAAUAUUUUAUAAUACGAUCCGGGUCAACUGAAACAUCUUAUGAUUAACGAUGAUUUAAAUCUUUUAAUUCCAUAGAAUCAUACUUGUUAUGUUCUUUUUUUACGGCCUAAAAUAUUUUUUAUCAGUAUUUAGUUUAUGGUAUUUUUAAUAUUUAACAUUUAAUAUUUAAUUGUUCGAUUUAGCGGUACUAGGUAAAAAAGAUCGUAAUUUUUCUGAACUUUUUAAUCGAUAAAAAUGUAUCCUGUUCUUAUAAUUAUUAAAUUAUUGAUUUGCACAAUGUUUGGUAGCUGAAAUUUACGUGCACCUGGGUGAACAUACAUAUUGAUAUAAAAUACGUACGAUUGAUCCGACGAAUACAUAAGUAGCUUUAUAAA